AUGGGGACUAAUCCUGCAAAAACAGUGCUAAUUGAUGACCCAGAGCUUUCCUCAUCGAAAAGCGGUGGAAUGAAGCCACCAGCUCAAUCCCGUACACAAACUAGGAUUCGAACAUUCAUGUCGAUUUUUACAUGGGAAAAGUUCAAGAAAAAUCCUGAUCUCUAUAGAAAAGCUAUUGCCAAAAUUGUGGACGACCAGAUUCGCCAUGCACAGACAGUUACGAACUUACUGCAAGAGCUUGAACCUGAACUCCGUCGUCAAGAGCGAGAACUGGGUUUGUUGAAUAUCAAAUGUCAAACGUUAUAUGAACGGCUUCGCUUCAUCCGACAGCUUCGUGAAAACGCUGAUGCUGUCAUCCGUAACUUCGAUCUCACUACAGGGAAAAGUUUAGAAGAAGUUGUAGCGGAAGCGCCACCAUUGCUCAAAAAUGCUGUAAGAUUGCAUCAAAUCCGUUGGAGAAAUGCAAACGCUUCGAGCAAAUGGCAAAAAGACUUUGAGAAAGCCGAGAAAGAUCUUGCCAUCGUUCGUGAACGUUUCAAAAAUGGUGAGCGAGAACUGGAAGAAAAAAGAAACCUGUUGGAGAUGUUCAAAAAAAUCCUUGCAAUAAAAGACGAAUUCACAGGACUCAGUGAUGAGGACAAAGUGAAGAAAAUGGAAAGCGUCCUCGGUGUAAGCGCAAAUCGCGUAAAAGAGGAGAAAGAGGAGGAAAAGAAUAACACUCCACAAGUUGAUUUAGAGCGAACACAAUCAACUAGUUCAACUCCAUCAGAUUUAUCAGAAGAUGAAUCAUGCUGGGAUGAACUCUGGGAGGGCAACGCGCAAAUCAGCGACAGUGUCGUGGAACAAGGGUCCCUUCUGACUGACUACCAAGAGAAAGCGAAGUCAUCAAGUGCUGAGUAG